CCCGCCCGGCGCGGCGCGAUGUGGCGGUGGCGGUAUGUGAGCGGCCGGCAGCUGGACGGCUUCCGCCACUACAAGUACAGUGCUGUGGAUACAAAUCCUUUAUCAGUGUAUGUUAUGCAGCCCAUCUGGAACAAAAUCAUUAAGAUAGUGCCUUUGUGGAUUGCUCCAAACCUGCUCACCUUUUCUGGAUUUGUCAUGAUUUUAAUUAACUAUUUUCUAAUAUCUUUUUAUGACUGGGACUACACUGCUUCAGGUACCAGCCCUGGACGUGUUCCAACUUGGGUGUGGCUGUUCAGUGCUUUUACCACCUUCUGUGCUUAUGCCUUAGAUUCCAUUGAUGGGAAGCAUGCUCGAAGGACUCAGUCCAGUAGUCCACUGGGAGAACUGUUUGACCACGGGCUGGACAGCUGGGCUACCUCCAUUUUUGCACUCUCUUUUUUUUCUGUCUGUUCCCAGGACAAUGGGAAGACUGGAGUUUCUGUAUAUACAAUGUAUAUGUAUUUAAGCAUUGUCUUGUUUAACUUUAUGUGCUCACACUGGGAGAAAUAUAACACAGGAGUUCUUUUUCUUCCUUGGGGAUACGAUUUAAGCCAAGUGGUGUUAAUAACAGCGUAUCUGCUCACCGGCAUUGUUGGUGUGGAAGUUUGGCAGAAGCCUUUCCUGUUUGGUUAUUACAUUACAGAUGUAUUAGUAAUCUUGCUUAUAGGCUUCAGUUUACUUCUUUCAUUUCCACAGACACUAUACAACAUCCACAGAGCACAUUUAAGGAAAACACUGAAGAAUGAUUCUUUGUAUGAAGGACUCCUACCUCUCGUGUCACCUCUGUUGCUCUUCAUGCUUCUUACAGUCUGGGUGGUUUUAUCUCCAGGCAACAUAUUAGCAAAGCAGCCAAGAUUGUUUUUAUGGAUGGUUGGGGUUACUUUCUCAAAUGUUACUUGCAAAGUCAUCAUCUGCCAGAUGAGCAGCACACAGCCGGAGCUGCUGCACUGGUUCCUGUUUCCCUUGGCACUGGUGGUCUACGCAGCUAUCUCAGGGCUGCUGGGCCAGGCAGAGGAGGCUGUGCUGGGUGCAUUCACAGCGCUGGUCACGGCCGCACACGUGCACUACGGCGUCUGUGUGGGGAGGCAGCUGAGCGAACACUUCAACAUUUACAUCUUUUCCCUGAAGAAACGUGUCCAAGAGUGAACACCUGCACUGUGACCAGACUGUGACACUUCACAUAAGAUUUCCAGCUUUUUGAUGUGAUCAGUAGAGGAAUCAAACUGAUUAGAGCAACCAAAGAACAGAAUAGUCAAGAUACUCAAACUGCUUGACAACAAUGCUUCAUCUCAGAGGAAAAUUCCUGUCCUGCAGAGAGGUGUUUACCAGGCUGUUCUGCUGCCACUAUUUGCUCUCUUCACUAAUGCCAUAUCUCCCUGUGAAGCAAUGGUCUUCCUCCUCCUUGCCCCUGUGCCCCAAGCCCUGGGUACUACCGUUCUGUGUCAUGUGGGACCCACUAUGUUUUAUAACCCUUUGCCUGCUCCGUCCACCAGUGGGACCCCACAGUGCAGACCCACCCAGUGCAUCCUUCCCACUCAGACAUCUGUGUCUUUUUUUGUUUCCAUAUUUGUUUCCUCACAACUCAUUUCUUCCAUGCAGCCUCCUGAAGGGCUUACGUACACCCAGGCUUUUUCUUCACCUUAUCUGAAUGCAUGAAGAGAAUGAGAUCAGGAAGUUAUGAGCAUGCCAUAUCUUCCUCCUCUCCGGCAUUAGGAUGAGCCUCACCCUGACCCUCAUCUGUCAAAAACAUGGGCUCCAUACCCAAGGAACUUGCCUUUAUGCUUCUGUUCUACGCAGCAAGCAGUGCGCUGUUGGUACUGAAGUAGCAGCAAACAGCAUGCCCUACAGAGGUAACCAGCUGAGGAUAAAUGUGGUCAGCAAAGAUGCUCAUAUUUCACUGCCUGACGGGUGCUUGCUGAUAGGCCGACUCAGCAUGCAGCAUUCAAAACAAGCAAUGAAAAAUGAGCCAUGUUCCAAGCAUUUUUAAGCCCUAUCUCUCAGCACAAAAUGCUAAGCAAGUAAUUAUUUGCUUCUGUUCUUGAUCUGAAUUCUUGUGGUUUUAGAUGAUGGAAAAAACAACAAGACAAGAAUUGAGAAUUUUUUUUUGCUUUUUAGUAUCACCAUUUGCAUGCAGAUGUAAAUUGUUCACUUCAUCCAUAAUCUGCAGGGGUUUUCUGAGUGCCUUGGAGGAAGGCGCAGGAAUCUGAGUUCCAUCUCUUUGCCUAUGCUGCCCUCACCAAAGGGCCCUGUGGCCCUGUAGCUCUAACCAAACUACCUGCCCACUUGCCUCAAGGAGAGCACUUUAUUACAUCUCUUGCACGGACACGGGUGACUGAUCAGCACGUGUAUCCAACAGGGAUCUAUCUCAGCCACCAGAAGCAGGGCAGAAGAAGUUAGCGAGUCACUGAACAUUAGAUUCAUCAUAACGUGUGCACUGGGGACAAGCCUGUGGGUUGCCUUUCCCCCUUCACAAAGCAGCAACCCCAGAUGAACUUCUGAAAAACCUUGUGCUUUGGAAGGAUGCACUACUUAACCAGCGAGCACAGUGAGGACCCCUCCACCUCGAUGAACACCAUGCUACAGACCAGAGCAAGCUUAAGGCUCGAGUCAGGCAGAAGCACAGGUGGCCUUGUUCGUGGGGUUUUGCUGAGGGAGGGAGGCUGCUCAAUAGCAAGAGAGGAGCAGCAGCUUCCAGCCUCCCUCCCUGCUGUGGGCUGUCCCCUUCCAGCCCCAUAUGGUGCCCUGGGAGUGUGAGGCUCCACAGAGGUGCCCCCCAGGUGCCCAAGGUCUCUUUCAGAGCCGGGCUGAUGGCUGCUUAAUGAAGGAUGCUACCAACAGUCCUGUGCAUGCUGUGUUUGAAGGGGAACUACAAGCCUGAGGCAGGCGUGCACCCAGCAAUCUCACUGGCUGAUGAAGUUAAGCAUUGAUUCAGAUUCAAGAUUCAUCAUUGUAUAAGUCUCACCCAUUUCAAUAUUUUUAACAUAUCCAUAAAAAAUGUCUGGAGGAAGACCCGACAAGAAAAGAACAUGAAUACAGAACCCAGGAAUAUGCCUGGGCUGAAAGUGAUAGGACUGGAGAGCUCUGUGGACAGGUUUUCCUUUUCCUUCUGUCUUGCAUUUAAUUGUAAAAUAACUGGAAAUAAUGGUCACAGAACUGACACAAUUCAAUGCACUGUACUGGAGUAUUUUGAAAUAUUACAUUGAUGAAAACAUAAAACUUGAACUGUCACAGCUGCCUGCACUUGUCUCUUUCUGAAGAGAAGUAUAACAUCAAUUUAAAAGGAAAUUGAGCGGUUUUUUUUUUUUCCUUUUUAAAGUAAUUUGUCACUACAGUCUAUGUGAAGACAAGUAUAAGCAGAGAUAAUGCAAUGCACAGUGUAUAUAUUGAAUUGUUAACCAUCAGAGAUGGUAACCAGUACAAUGAGAAUAAAAACGCUCUGUUCAUACAGCAGUAUGAUCCCAGGUUUAUUUCUGCAAUGUCAGGUAAUGGCACGAGGAUGACCAGAGUUUAGCUUAAGAACAAUGCAAUUGUCUAAAAGCUUUCAGCUAUGUGAACUGGAAAACACAUUACCUCCUUUUUGUGUUGUUGCACAUUGGAACAGGCCCAAAGACAUACAUAUCCCCAGUGGGUUAUGAAAGGUGAUUCAGCUGGCUCUGCUCCACAGGCUGGAGUGCUGAGCUCCCCUUUGCCAGAAUCCUCCCAAAGUGGGGCCGGGCAGAGGGUCAGCCCCUCUGGUUAAAGCCUGGGUGUGUCUCGAGGACUCAGUCUGACCCUAUGGUGGUAGCACACACCCAGGUGGCUUCAACCCACGACACAGAGAUGUCCACCCCCAGCUCACACCCCUGCAGGACUGCUGCAGCAUCACUGCAUGCGCUGCCAAAGCUCAGCCCUGAUAACUACAAUAAAGUUUUCCCCUCUUCUUCACAAGUGGCCUUAUAAUCUAAACAAGGCAGCUUUUAGGUAUGGUGCAGCAGAUUCAUCCCUGAAUACUUGAAGUGCACUGCGUGCUUCAGGGCCUUUUGUCGUACAGUACUCUUUUCACAGAAUCAUGAAGGUUGGACAAACCCUCUAAGACCACUUAGAUUAACCACCAGCCCAUCCCCACCAUGCCCACUGACCACGUCCCUCAGUGUCACAUUCACACGGUUCAUGAACACCUCCAGGGAUGGUGACCACACCACCUCCCUGGGCAGCUUGUACCACUGCCUCAUUCCUCUGAGAAUAAAUUUCUCAUAUCCAACCAGAACGUCCUCUAGCACAACUUAAGGCCAUCACCUCUCAUCCUAUCAUUAGUUACCCCCACCUCUCCUUUAAGGUCAUUGCAGAGAGCAAUAACGUCUCCCCUGAGCCUCCUCUUAACCAGACUGAACAAUCCCAGCUCCCUCCCAGCUGCUCCCCAUCAGACUUAUGCUCCAGAUCCAUCACAGCUUCGCUGCCCUUCUGUGGACACACUCCGGGGCCUCGAUGUCUUUCCUGCAGUGAGAAGCCCAAAACUGAACGCAGUUCUCAAGGUGCAGCCUCACCAGUACCACACUCAGGGUACUCAUGCGUCCCUCAAGUUUUGCUUUUGCUGCAUUAAGACGAAGUAAUGUUACACGAGAUUAAAUACGCAGAAGUUGGAAAUCUGCCAUAAAAAAAGAAUGCUGUUUACAUGUACACAGGUAUACACGUGUAUGUGCAUGCAGAGAUACUACUUGCACACACAGAAUAAAUGAGGUUAAUUUUUUAAAGCAGCUCUCUUCCUUCCUGCUCCCACGUGCAGUCAGUAAUGAAGCAAGUAAUUGUUUUGAAAAAGAGAAAAGGAUUAUUUUAGCCUGUAGAACUGGACAGAUUUUAACAUAUAUAUUUUUUUAUUAAAUAUGUAAAAAGAUAAACGCAAGUCAAGUUAUUCACAUAUUCAGACAAAAAUCUACUCUACCAUGCGACAGUUUGUGGAUAAUGUGAAACGCCCGAUACAUCUGAAUAAGACUUUUUAAAUCUAUUAUGUCAUUACUUAUCUAUUUAUAAUUAACAGUACAUAUGUUUACAUUCCUUUCAGUUUACAUUUAAUAUAUAAGCGAAGCUUUAUGGUAUGCUAUUUAGUAAAGGUCAUCACAGGCGCCUAUUAAAACCAUAACAGAUUGAUGGGUUACUCACGGGGUGGCAGGAGGAGGACGCCUUCCUGCUCAGAGCACGGCUCCCUGCUCAGCACAGCUGCUUCCAGCGCCCAGCAGGUGCAGCCCUGCCACUGCUGCCUGCCUCACUCACUUCCCCAGACACGGCAUGGGAGCCCUGUGCUCCUCAGGCCCAAAAAAGCAGAUGGAACCCGCCUGACACGAAGCUCGGCUUGCUGCCGCUGUUGUUCUUUGUACGUGCCCCAAAGAGAGAAAAGUCAGCAGCCUGGAUGUGAGACACCAGGAGCCCAGCAACCCAACUGCUGGCACCUUCAGAAGGACGUCUGUUGGAGCGCUCCCCAUGCCCCUGCUCUACCGCUAGCAGGAUGAACCGCGGCCAUCAGA